AUGGCUGAAUCACUCGUUUUCAGCAUUGCACAGGGUGUGCUGGGGAAGAUAGCAUCUUCAGCGUUCCAAGAAGCCGUCGCAAUUUACAGCGUCAAAGAUGAGAUCCACGAGCUUGAAGAUACGAUGGCUGCCAUUACAGCAGUGUUGUUAGACGCUGAGGAGCAACAGGCGAAGAACCACGGUCUGCAACUGUGGCUACGUCGACUUCGAGAUGUGUUGUACGAUGCGGAGGAUGUGCUUGAUGAACUCGAGUGUGAAGCCUUACGGAAGCAGGUAAUCAAUCGGUACGGGGGCAUCAAAGAGAAGGUACGCCGCUUCUUUUCGCUCUCUAAUACACUGAUACUCCGUGCAAAAAUCAGUCAUAAGAGCAAGGAGAUUAGGGAGACAUUAUCAAAAAUUUUCAUCGAAAAGAAUCAGUUUGAUCUUAAUGUGCGGAGUGUCGAUAAUGGUGUGGCGCAUUUGCGAUCCCGAGAGAUGACUUACUCGUUCGUAAGCAAGUUGGAUGUGGUCGGAAGAGAAAGUGAUAAGGAAAAGAUAAUUGAGAUACUGAUGCAACCGGAUCAGAAAACCCUCUCGGUGAUUCCCAUCGUCGGAAUAGGAGGUAUGGGCAAGACGGCCCUAGCUAAAUUAGUUUAUAAUGAUGACAAUGUGAAAAAGCAAUUCGAGUCGCGACUAUGGGUGUGCGUACCUGAGGACUUUGAUUUAAAGAAAACUAUCGAAGCAAUCAUCAAAGAUGCAACUGGGCAAAGCUUGAGUAACCUUGACAUUCAGCAAUUGCAAACCUCUUUGCGAGACAUCAUCAAAGACAAGAAAUUUCUACUAGUCUUAGAUGACGUGUGGAGCGACGACCGCAGUAGAUGGGAAGAAUUGAAAGCUUUGCUAACCGAAGGAGCUAGUGGAAGUAAGAUAAUUGUGACAACGCGUAGUUCAAAAGUCGCUUUUAUAAUGGGUACCCAUCCGGUGCAUAAUCUAAAAGGUCUUUCUCAUGAAGACUCGAUGGCCUUGUUCCAAAAAUGGGCUUUCGACCAAAAGGAAAAACACCCACGUCCUGAUUUCCUUGAGAUGGGAAAUGACAUUGUCAAAAAAUGUCAAGGAGUUCCUCUCCUUGUCAAAACUUUGGGGAGUCUACUUUACACGAAGGAGGAAGUACGAUAUUGGGCCCAUAUAAGGGAUAGCGAGGUAUGGAAGUUAGUGGAAGAAAGAAAGGACCUUCUGCCGGUACUUAAGCUCAGCUAUGAUCAUUUACCGUCCCACUUAAAACGUUGUUUUGCCACAUUUGCACUUUUUCCCAGAGGGUUUGAAUUAGAUAGCAAUCGUUUAGAUGACUUAUGGAUGGCUUCAGGGCUCAUGAGUUCAACAGCGGAAAAAGAAGACAGUAGUGUUGAGUACGUCAAAGAGUUGUGGAAGAGAUCUUUGAUCCAAGACGUUGAGGAGUCCGAAUCAAUAUUAACUUUUAAAGUGCACGAUCUAGUCCAUUCUCUUGCAACGAUUGUGGCACGAAAUGAUUGCUCUAUUGUUAGCUUAGACACUGAAGAGAUUUCGGAAGGAGCUCGGUACAUUUCGUUCUCUAGCGAUUCUUUAGAGGGUAUCUCAAAUUUUGAUGGAGUCCCACCUUUUUUGAGAAAGCCAACUUCGAAGAGGCUCCGUGUAAUUAAAUUUCAGUUCGAUUGUCAAGAUGGAGUUAUUACUAGAGAAUUUGCUAGAACAUGCAUCUCCAAGUGUAACCAUUUACGGUACCUAAAUUUGAUGGGUGGUACUUUUGAGGAGCUGCCAAGUUCCAUAUGCAACUUCAAGCAAUUGAGGACUUUACUUCUCUCUGGGAACAAGCGAUUGAAGAAGCUUCCGGAUACCAUUUGCGAGUUGCAGAGUUUGCUACACUUAUAUCUCAAUCGUUGCUCAGAGCUAGGCGAAUUACCCAAAAAUAUGAAGAGGCUCGUCAGCCUUAGAAAGCUAUACGUAACAACAAAGCAGAAGAGUCUGCAAGAAAGUGGAAUACAAUACCUUAAAAGUCUACAGUUUUUGGGACUCAAAGGAUGCCAAAAUCUACAAGUUUUGUUUGAAGGCACUUGUCAAUUGACUUGCCUUCGACGGUUGGAAAUUCUAAAUUGUAGGGGACCAAUAUCUAUUCCUUUUGCGGAAUUAAUUGCCCUACAGAUCUUUGUGAUUGAUGAUUCAAACCUCAUGUUGACCGAGGAGAACAAGCCCAUCUUUCCUUCGAAUCUUCAUACGCUGGCAAUAUCAAAAUCCGAACAAGUGAUGGAGUUGCUGCAAUGUCUGGAUCAGUCCGCUUGUGAAUUGGAGGCCUUUUCUGUCUAUGAUUGCCCGAGCUUCACCGCUGUACCCGAAUGGCUGCCCAAUCAUACACAUCUCAGAUUAAUUCGCUUGAUCCGAUGUCCCAAAUUGCCAUAUAUGCCGCAAGGAAUCCAGUCCAUCACUGCCCUCAAAGAAUUACGGGUCGAAUCUUGUGGUGAAUUGAGCGAAAGAUGUCGACCAACGAUGGGCGUGGAUUGGCCAAAAAUCGCUCAUAUUCCUCGAAUCUGUCUUGAUCUUAUAUGGGUACAAUGGAUGGAGGAUUAG